AUGAGGACCGUUCAAACGCUGCUUCUGUUGGUUGCCUUGGCAGCCCUGGCAGAGUCUCUGAAAGGUUUCCGCAACAGGCGUGACAAUCGGGACAUUUUGGUGCGUUCCAAAAGAAGGUGGGUUUUGUCUACAAUUGAAGUAGAAGAGGAAGGUAAAGGUCCAUUCCCCGAAAAGGUUUCGAUGAUGUUUAACGACAGGACGGCGAGAGAGGGGCAGAUUUACAAAUUAAGUGGAGAGGGUGUGACUGACAAGCCAGUGGGAGUAUUCAGCAUCAACGAGACCAGUGGACAAGUCUACGUCCACAGAUCUCUGGACCGAGAGACAAAGGACCGCUAUAAAAUCAAGUUCGACAUCUUGAACAAAGACACCAAAUUACCAAUAGACAAUUCAUUAGCAUUUGAUAUUGAAAUAAAGGACAUCAAUGACAAUGCACCACAGUUUUUUCAACCUCGAAUGGAGGUCAAAUUGCCAGAAAAUACAAAAGAGGGGUUCUUGCCAGUGGAGAUAUCAAUCACUGAUGCAGAUCAGAGGAACACCUCCAACUCUAAAAUCACCUUGACUGUGCUGUCACAAAAGCCGCAAAAACCACCGAUUACUUUCCAAAAGAUUGACAGCAGAUUGUCCAGACUGGUGCUGCAAGGAUGUUUUAACUACGAUAAAGUAAAGAAGUACGAGAUUGUCCUUCAAGCAAAAGAUCAUGGAAAGGUGUCCCUUACCUCCACUGCUGUUGUUAUUCUUAACAUUGGUGACGCCAACUCUCACCUACCGACGUUCAAGGCGAAGAAUUACAACGGCGAAGUGUUGGAAUCUACCACCAAAAACGAUCUUCUGAGAGUUGCAGUGGAUGACAAAGAUACUCCAAAAACUCCUGGCUGGAAAGCUGUAUAUGAAAUCAUCGAAGGGAAUAAAGAUGGCAACUACGAAAUUAAAACUGACCCCAAGACCAAUGAGGGUAUCCUGAGUGUCAUAAAGGGCAAAGACUUUGAGAGGACUAAGAUGGUGAACCUGCUGGUCAACGUGAAGAAUGAGCAGCCCUUAUUUAUUUGUGAUGAUAAAUUUGUUCCUGUCACAGACCAAACUCCAGUUUAUGAUGUAGCCAACAUCACAAUAAAAGUGAUUGACAUCAAUGACCCGCCUUACUAUAAGAAAAAACACUUUGACGUGUACGCCAAAGAGGAGCAGAACCCAGGAAAGGUGCUGUUCACUCCAGAGGUUUACGAUGACGACAAUGACAUAAAGGACAUCAGGCAUGUGCUGUUAGAAGAUCCAGCUGAGUGGGUGACCAUUGAUGAGAAAACAGGAGCGAUCACUGCAGCUAAGAAGAUGGACCGGGAGUCACCCUUUGUUAAUGAUGACAGCAUUUACAAAGUUGUCAUCGGUUCAAUAGAUAAUGGUGAGCCUCCAGCCACAGGAACGUGCACUGUCCUGGUCCACCUGGGUGAUUUGAAUGACAACAGCCCUCAACUGUUGAGCAAUGGUGUCAUUUUGUGUGGAAACAAGGAAACAAAGGUGAUGAUUCCUGCUCAGGACGCCGACAUCCCUCCUUUCGCUGGGCCCUUUGCCUUCGCCCUGGGUGAUAAUGAUCAGAAGAAGCUUUGGAAACUAGACCCUGCCAAUGGUGAAGCAGCUGGGCUUGUUUGCCUGAGGGAACUUGCUUAUGACAACUACUCAGUGCCCCUGGUGAUUCAGGACCAACAGGGUGCGGUUACCAGUGACAAAGUGGAAGUGAUGGUGUGUGACUGUGGAGACGGAGAGUCUUGCCUUCCCAAAGCGCCGCCAUCAACCAGCCUUGGACCAGCAGGCAUUGGAUUGAUCUUUCUCGGACUCCUCUCAUUUUUGUUACUGCUCCUCAUCUUUAUGUGUCAGUGUGGGAAAAAGGAGUUCCAGCACUUGCCCAUGGUGCAGGAUGAAGGCAACCAGACCCUCAUCAAAUACAACCAGGAAGGAGGAGGCUCCGAGUGCAAGUCUGAGCCCACUCUCCGGACCCCGACAGAGAACAUCAAUGUGACAGAUGGCGUGAAAAUGGGCACCAUGAAGAUGGUUCAGGCAGCGCCAGCAAUGGCCCCGGAGAGGGAGACGUACACCUCCGGUUUCACCAUGAACCACUCUAACAUGACCUCGCAGCGCCGAAGAGACCGUAUCCAAAGUGAGGGAGGGGCGAACACGUACAUGUCGCACAGGAUGAACUCCUACCAGGGAGGCUCAUCAAGGUACAACCGCUCUUUCAGCCUGAGGUCGAACCAAAUCAUGGCAGAUCACAUCGACAGGAGAAUGUACAUGGUUGAGGAAAAGCAGGUGGACCACCCGGUCUACAGACCCUACCAGUAUGCCUAUGAGGGGCAGGGCAGCAGAAGCCAGUCACUGGAUCAGCUGUCGCUAAGCAACCUGGGAGAUGAUUUGAUGUUUCUCAACGACUUGGGACCAAAGUUCAAGACCUUGGCAGGCAUCUGUAACCAGAAAGAUCAAGAUAAAAACAUACAGCUUUAAAAGGCACUGCUGGACUGGGACUUUUGUUGCUCUUCAGUGUCAGAUUGUGAUUAUUAAAGACUGAUCUGACUGGAUGUUUGAAGAAAUAGUGGACACCAAUGGUUGACUUUUGUACUUGUACAUGGACUUAAAUAUCUCACAAAUGUAGAGCCAUAUAUUGUAGUGUGGCCACUUUCCACAAACCAAGGAUUGCGUAGUAGAGGUUGGUUUUUGCUUGCUUGAAGAUGGGAUUAUUGCACUGCAUGAAACUGUCAUGCUCUGGUGAUUUUGAAAUGUUAUGUUUUGACAGUGAAAGGGUGUGCCUGCUUGUUUUUUUUUACUUUGCUACUUUAGGGCUUUCAGCAGCACAUUAUGUUUAGCUCUAGAGGCUUUUUCAGGACAGUAUUUUUUCAUGUUUAAAACUAUAAAUGUAUUUGUGGAAAAUGGAAUAUUUCAUAGUAUAUACACUACCGGUCAAAAGUUUUAGAACACACCAACUUUUCCAGAAUUGAAUUGAAAAUGAUGCAGUUUAAUGUCUCAGUGUACUCUGAAAUGAAUGCACAUUUGCAACAUUUAAAAUUCUUUAUUGAGCAUGAUAGUGUUUUGAAAGUUAAAAAAAAGAUUCAAAAUCACAUUUUAUGUUGGACUAAAGGACUUAAAAAGACACAAAAUGACUAAAAAAAGACACAAAAUGACCAAAAAA